AGGAUGGGGAAUGGAAGAAACUAAUAGCUGUGCAAGUUUCCUUGUAAGCCUCCCCAAUCACCAUCCUUUGUCCUUCCGAUAACUCCAUUUAAACUGUGAAACCACGCCUUCCUUCCAUUAGUGGAAGAUAGCAAUAAAAUCCUUGCCAUCUCAUGCCUUCUAUCCCUCUUCUAAUUUAUAGGCAGGGGAGGGUCCUCCUCCUCCAAAGCCAAAACCCAUCUACCACCACCACAACCUCUCAAAGAACCAUGACGUCGGUCCACCGCAAGAUGGAGGAAGAGAAAGGGAUGGAGGAGAAAAAAGUUGCACCGCUGGUAGAAGACGAAGGAGAGCCAAAGGAGGUCAUAUUGGUGGAUUUGGAAGCCGCCGCCGCCGAGGAUGGUGGCGAGGGAUCCACGUCGGCGCCGCCCGUGCUGGAGCUCAACCUCAUCGGAUCGUUCGGGUCGGCGGAGGCCGACCAGCCGCCGGUGACGGUGGAGUCGGAGCCGGAGUCGGAGCCGCGCGUGUUCUCGUGCAACUACUGCCAGAGGAAGUUCUACAGCUCGCAGGCGCUCGGCGGCCACCAGAACGCGCACAAGCGGGAGCGCACCCUCGCCAAGCGCGGCGCCGGACACCGACACGCGGGGUUCGCCGGAGACCACGCCGGUGGCGUCGGAGGAGCCCCCUACCACUUCCCGCCGUCCAUGGCGUCGCUGCCCCUCCAUGGGUCGACCUACCCCGGGAGGCCUCUCGGCAUCCAGAUGCACUCCAUGGUCCACAAGCCGUCGUACAUCGGGACGACGACGGCAUCGAUGGCGGCGGCUGGAUUGCUCUACGGGCGGCACGGCGGUUGGUCGAGGCCGCCGCCGCCGUUUGUCAACCGCCAGCCGGCGAGCGGGAGGAUGUUCACUGAAGAAUUAUAUGGUGCAACAAGAGCCCCGGUGGCGAGGUUCGAGGAGUCGGCAGGAGCAACGGCCGGAGGUUUCCGAUGGAUCGGUGGUGGUGGCGGCGGCGGCGGCGGUGUCGGCGGCGGUGAUGCCGGUGGCGCAGGUGGUGGUGGUGGUGGCAGUCAUUUGCAUGUUAGACAAGAAGAGUUGACCAAGCUUGACUUGUCUCUCAAGCUCUAAGCUUCUUCUUUGGUUUGGGUCCACUUCUCAUGUUACUACAUUAGACAUAGGACUUGAGAGCUUAGCUUCUCUUUUCCACUGGUUUUUAGUUCUUUUUAAUUGACUUCUGAUUUGUGAGUAGUUCAUGAUUCCUUACUGUUGAACUGAAUUGUCUCUUUUCCUUCUUUUGAGUUGAUGUUGAAUAAUUAGCAAAGAUCAUUCUGAUUUCACAUUACCAAUCAUAAAAGAUGACAAUGUAUAUAUUUCAUUUAUUUGGUUCUAGAUUUAUCUUUGUUUUUUUGGGUCUCCAUUAUUGUUUAAAUGGUUGCACAAGCUUUUUUCUUAGUUAUACACUUUCUUUUUUUAUUGGAUGCCGAGUUAUAGACUUAAGCUCUACGAGAUUAUGGGUUUUAAACUUUAUGUUACAGUUGAAUUGGGUGUAGAAGUUGAAAGGUUGCUGUAUAUGUGGCUCAAUCAGUAAAUUUAUUCAAAAUAGUCAGUU